UGUGUCUGUGAGCCGAGGGGCUGGAAAGCACCUUUUUCCCCCUCCUGCUGACGACACGACGGUGACUCUGCGCGUCUACACGGGAGCCAUCAUCAUCAUCACCAUCAUCAUCAUCAUGUUUACCUGAACGCGGAUAACGGGGCUGACCAAUGGCCUAUAAAUAAACACAAAUAACACCUGCGGCUCUCGACCGUUCACGGAACAGGAUCUGCUCGCCGUUUCCUAAAAGCUCUGCGUGUCGUGAGGAGCCAGAAAAACCGCUCCAAAUGUCAACUUGUGCAGUGACAAACUUCAACAAUGGCUUGGAGGCCAGCUCAGACUCCGAUGACGAGGACAAGCUACACAUUGUGGAGGAGGACAGCCUGCAGGAGCCUGAGGUUACAGAUGCUGAUGGAACCACAUCGCUGGACAGCCAUGACCAUGACGCCACCGUAACAGUAUUACCCCACAACGGGUCCUGGAAUGGAGUGAAGGAGGAGUGUGCAUCAGAGGAAGAAGAGGAGGUGGAGAAGGAUGCUCUAGUGGAGGAGAUUCUCCAGCAGGGAGACACAGCCAUCAUCUAUCCUGAAGCCCCCGAGGACGAGCAGAGUCCGACAGAGACGGGAGGAGCCGAUGAAAACGGAACACCUGAUUCUUUUUCCCAGUUGCACACUUGCCCCUACUGCUCCCGGGGCUACAAACGCAACGCCUCACUGAAGGAACACAUCAAGUAUCGCCACGAGACCAGUGAGGAUAACUACAGCUGCUCGCACUGCAGCUACACCUUUACCUAUCGCUCGCAGCUGGAGAGGCACAUGAGCCACCACAGGGGCUCCAGAGAGCAGCGUCACGUUUCGCAGUCAACAGGAGGAUCGGUAGGAACAGGUGGAACUCGCAAGUUCAAGUGUACCGAGUGUUCCAAGGCCUUCAAAUACAAACACCACCUGAAGGAGCACCUGCGCAUUCACAGCGGUGAGAAACCAUACGAAUGCUCAAACUGCAAGAAGCGGUUCUCCCACUCAGGCUCCUACAGCUCCCACAUCAGUAGCAAAAAGUGUGUGGGUGCUACGCCCCCCAACGGUGUUGCUCGAACAUCGAUUAAGUCCCCCCCAGCCCCUGCACAGACGAGACCUGUUGUGAUCGCUCCAGCUCGUGUGGUUCUUAAAGACAAGACUGAAAGCAAACCCCUCCAGGAGCAGCUGCCUGUCACCCAGAUCAAAUCAGAACCUGUGGAAAUUGAGUGCAAGCCUGUGACGGCGGCACCGGCAACUUCAGCCGGCAGUAACGGCGUGGUGAACGGAGGAACAGCACAGCCGAUUGUGGUCCCAGCUGCAACCCUGCCUCAGGGUGUGGCUAUGGUUGUACCAACAGUAGGUCUGAUGUCACCCAUCAGUAUCAAUCUUAAUGACUUGCAGAAUGUGCUCAAGGUGGCGAUGGAUGGAAAUGUGCUCAGGCAGGUGCUGGGUUCAGCCAAUGGGGUGGUGACGCAGGGGAAGCAGGGAAUUGUGGUCCAGCAGCCGCAGCAACAGAUCAUCAGCCUUCCUGCCUUCGUGGAUCACGACGGUACCACCAAGAUCAUCAUCAACUACAGCAUUAGCCCUGCUGCUGCCACAACUGCCACCGCCCAGCCUACACCGCUUGUUGUCAAAAAUAACCCUACUCUGCCUCCCACUAUCACGACUGUGGAUGCUGCAGCUCCCACUCCAACCACAACAACUAAACCCCAAACCCAAGAGGCGGCCGACCUUAGGAUUAUCAAGAAAGAACCGGAAGCAGUCCCCAUCGCAGAUGUGGAGAAGGAGGCAUCCACGCAGACAGAAAAGGCAACCGAUAAAACUUCAGAAGCAGCUCAGAAGCCAAAGCCCAACAGCACCAGUACAUGUUUACUUUGCGAUGACUGUCCUGACAAUCUGGAGGCGCUGCAUCUCCUCCAGCAUCGCAAAGCAGCCAAUGGCGAGGCCGUCGACUCUGCUGCUUUGGACCCAUCUUUCGCCGCCUUGCUAAACGAGGCAGGGGUGACCCUGGAGGAGCCGCCUGUCGUCGAUCUCCUCUCACUUCUUAAGACAUACUUUGCCUCCAACGCCAAUCCCAGUGAUGAGGAGCUGACAAAGAUCUCAGAGUCUGUCAGUAUCCCAGUGGAUGUGGUUAGAAAGUGGUUUAUGAAGAUGAACUCGGGGAAAAGUGUGAGCAAGCGCCACAAUGAUUCAACUUCAGUUUCUAAAGACACUGAAGCCACAAAUUCCAGCUCAGAGGUCACUGUGAAUCAGAAUGAAAAGGAAGAAGAAGACAAUACAAUCAAGGAGGUAUCCAACAAAGCCUCGUCAGACUCUCGCAGCGCCUCCCCAUCAGACUCUGAAUCACUCAACAACGAGGACCUUGUCAUCGUUAAAAGUGAGCCAGAAGACCCGGAAGCUUCUGACUCCCAGGCGGAACCUCUGGACCUCUCUCUUCCUAAACAGAUCGCAACAGAAUCGGAAAACAAAAUGACUACACCUCCCGCCAAGCAGCAAGAACAGCCUCUGAACCUGACCUGCUUAAGGAAGGAGGAGCUCGAGGGUCGAACCAUCUAUGUGACCACACCUCAGACCGGAAGAGCUGUUAACAUCGUCACUGCCGCACAGCUUCCUACCUUAGUUGCCAUCGCUGGUCAGGGCUGCCUCAACACCACCACGAAGCGCACCAUCCUCAUCCCCCAGCUCACAUAUACCUACGCCACUACAGCUGGCAACGCCACUGGAGCAAAGACUGUUGUUCUCAAUGGUCAUAAGGAGAAGCGUUUGGAGAGCAGCUCCGAGGGUGUUUCCACAGUGGAGGAGCAGAACGACUCAGAUUCAGCCGUGGCGAUGAAGAAGCGGCGGCUAGAAAAUGGCGUCUACCCCUGUGAUCUUUGUUCCAAGGUCUUCCAGAAGGGCAGCUCCCUGCUCAGGCACAAAUAUGAACACACAGGAAAACGACCCCACGAGUGCAACGUCUGCAAGAAGGCUUUCAAACACAAACACCACCUGAUCGAACACUCGAGGCUGCACUCCGGUGAGAAACCUUACCAGUGCGACAAGUGCGGGAAGCGUUUCUCUCACUCAGGCUCGUACUCCCAGCAUAUGAAUCACCGCUACUCCUAUUGCAAGAAGGACGGGCCAAACUCGGGCUCCGGCUCGGGGCCACCCAGGGAUCAGUCAGAGCUCGGCAGCCCAAGCGGCAGACUGCAGUCAGACAGCCGGACCACGACCCCGCCCUCCCAAAUGGACUCAGACGAGAGGGAGAGUGAGGAAGAGGAAGACGAGGCCAUCUGCAUGGACGACAUACGGGUGGUGCAGGUGGACGACGGCGAGUGCGAGAUCUACGAGGGUAACUUUGACGACGAUGAUGAGGAGGAAGAGGGAGAGGAAUUAGCAGAGGAAGAGGCGACAGCAGAAGAAGAAGAGACUGAAAAAGAGAAGGAGCAGGAGUUUGCCUGUGACGUAGUAGAAGUGGAGCUGGGAGAUGACCACGUGGAGGACGCCGAGAUGGAGGAAAGAACCGAAGAAAAGGAGGAAUCAGCAAGUGUGGAUGCAGAGAAAGCGGCAGACUGUGAAGUCAAUACAGACAGCAGCAUCAGGGACGGGACAGGAAACACCGAAACAACAGAGGAAGCGGUGACAGACACCAAAUGAAGGAAGAAAAUUCCUCGGGACAGUUUGAGUGUGUCGGUCAUUGAAGUCGGGUAAUCUUAGACAAAAACCACAUCUUGCCAUCAGAAGAAAGUCACGGCAGUUGCCUGAUCUUAACGGUCCACUACUGUGUACAAAAACCCAGGUGUGCCUGAACUUGGAAAAAGAAAAAAAGAAAAAGAAAAAAAGAAAAAACGUGACUUUUUCUUUGUGAAAAUGAAAUAUCAGUGUUUAAAAUUGUUUAUAGAAGUACAGAUUUUAAAGUAGAACUCACCCAUCAACUCAUUAGACUUGUUACUGAGACAUCCCAGGUUGCUUUGUCUUUUCUUUUCAUUCAAUCAGUGUUAACUAAUCGUGUUCUUGUUUGAAAACCUUUUAACCUUUAAAGAUGAGAAAGAUUUCUAUACCUUUUUAUUGCCAAUGAAGUUUCCUAAAAUCAGUAUUUUAUUGAGUUCUACGAACAAAAACCUCUGCACUACAGUAUUCCUGGUUUACCUAUGGAUACAUGCCUCAUGCAUUGUAUGCCCUUCAGUGUUAUAUAUGUACACUAGCUAGCGAAAUGUUGUUUGUGUUAGUGUUACUCUUUGCUAGCUAGCAUUACUGUUGAUUUCAGUUUGACUGUUAGCCUUAAGGAAAACAAAGUAUUCUUGGGGAGGGUUGGGGGGUGGGAUGGGGAGUCCGGGAUGAGAAUGCGGCUUCUGUACGCCAUAACCAAAUUUGUCCUAUCAGGGAAGGCAGAGUCACAACCUCAAAGCCAGCAUGGCGCACCUUUGUUUUGCUGCGCAGCACUGCCCGGACGGGUGGAGUCUCCAGGUGAAGACAUAAAAGCAGACUCCGACCUCGUGGCUCGGCUGUGGAUCCAAAACAGACGCGCCUGUUCUUACCAAGCUUCUCCUUAUUUUGGUUGACUUUAGUUCUCAGCGAGUGUUUCAGUAUUAUCGGCUUAUAUAUGAAGUCAAACUGUACGUGAAGGAUCGGGGCUUUUUUUCCUGCUCCACCCCAAUGCCUCCAGCCUUAUGCAAGACCUGUGUGCUGUUAAAAGUGCCAUUGAACAGUGUUAUUAUUUUUUUUCCUCACACAUGUAGCCAGUAUUAUGUCCCUCUGUUACUUACACAGGAGCCAUGUUGACUAAUGUUUGUUGACUUGCACAGAACAGCAGAUUUGUCACAGCAACAAAGAAGGACACUUGAGAAACAGUAUUUGGGCUGUUUUGUCUGUAAAAAGACAGACCCCUUGUCCAAAUAGCCCACUUGGGGGUGACGUCUUGUUUUAUUUUAUCUGCCAAACUAAAAGCUAGAAUUAUUUAGUUUACAAUGAUUAACUUGUCUUUUUGAAAAACAAGUUAAAGCCAGAGAAUGUUUAGCACUUUUCUAUUAGUAAAUUAAAUCUACAGGCAUGUCUAAAGGUUCUGCUUUUGUUCCUGGUACUUAAAAUUGCAUAUUUGCUCUUGACUAAAACUUUUUUGUUAUGAAUUACUAACUCAUCAGUAUCCAAUGGCUGCAGCUUGUAGGUCCAAAGUGUGAGGUUUAGAGCAGUGUUUUUAAAAUGCCUUCUAAUGUAAGAUAAUCAGUUUCCAACUUUCGAACUGCAUAAAUCCAAAUUUUUAAGAACCCCUCAACACUCAAACUCAGUAAUGUGCCUCACCAGGUCGGCUCAGGAAGAGAUAAACCAGACCAAACCCACAAAAGUUUAAAGUAUAAAACAAUGAUAGAGAGACUCAGUAAGUUAGUCUCACUUGUGCACUUAUUAUUUUCAGAUGACGAUUAAAAGAAACUAAUUCAUUGUGGCAAGCUGUCCCGCACUUGAGGUAACAAGCGUUAGUGAAUGUGGUCUCUGUUGAAGAGUUUUGCUUUGGUUUUACCAGACAGUGUUUAUAGUAUUAAUCUGUUUUACUUUUUUUGUUUUAAAAGUAUGUCCUCUGUAUGUUUUUGUCAACAAUGGCAGUAUUAGAACCCUUUUCACAGAUUAAAAAAAAUAUACCUGUUUAGUUUUUAGAAGACUUUUUUAUAU